CUAAUUCUGUAUACAAACCUCAGUUUAUCAAAAUGGAGGCCAAAACAGAGGUUGUGGUUUAUAACUCGGAGAAACCGUCGAUACAGACGGCGAUCUCUGCUGUUGAUUUAUCAAAAAAAUUGCAGAAAAGCAUGCUAAGGUUGAAGGGAGAGUUUAUGUCUGAAGAUGGUAAAGGUGUAGCGUAUCCCAAAUUAAAGACUAGUCCAUUAUUUAAAGAAUAUAAAGAAGAUGCCUGUUUAUUACAAACAAUAGAUUUAAACACUUUAUCAGAAGAUGAAAAAAUACCAUUUUUUAUAAAUAUUUAUAACGCUCUGACUAUACAUAGUCUAGCUGAACAGAAGGAAUUACCAGAUUCAGUUUUAAAAAUGUAUCAGUUCUGGAGGACGGCAGCGUAUAAUAUUGGUGGCCAUGUUUAUACGUUAGAUGACAUUGAACAUGGUAUACUACGAGGUAAUCGUUCUCAUCCUGCCAGUAAUCAACCACUAUUCAGUGAGAAAGAUCCCAGAUUAAAAUUUGCUGUGAAGAAAGUUGAUCCUAGAAUCCAUUUUGCCCUAGUCUGUGGAGCCAAGUCAUGUCCAGCUAUAAAUGUGUACUCCCCAGCGAAUAAAGACCAUGCAUUAGAUGAGGCCACGAGAAAUUUUUGUCGUCAAGAGGUCUCCAUGUUUACUGAAUCAGAUGAAAUUUGGUUGUCAAAGAUAUUUCAGUGGUAUCGUCAAGAUUUUGGUGAAACAGACACAGAUGUGAUUCGAUGGACAAUACCAUAUUUAGACGCAAAUCAACAAGACAGAGCUAAUCUUCUGCUCUUAAAGUUAGAAAAAAUAGGUCAAGUUGACAUCAAAUAUAAUGAAUACGAUUGGUCAUUGAAUAAAUCAUGAUACAAGCCAGAUGAUUGGUUGAUUUUAAAUAUUGUAACCGCUACAUAGUCGUUUAAGCGUAACAGCAUGUAUUUGGUAAUUGACUCCGUUCAUGCAUUUAUAAAUUAUAUAAUUUACUAUUAAUUUCAUAUUAAUUUCAUUAUAAUUAUUAUCCACAUGUAAUAUUUAAACAUUUUAUUGAAAGAUAUGUAUCUUUGACAGCCAAGAUCUUAAAUAUGUAACCCAUCGUUUAAAAACAACCUGAAACUACUGGUAAAACUGUCUUUGUGGCCAAAAAUAUGUGGAUCAAAUGUGAUACUUCCAAGACAUCCAUAAAUUAUUUUAAAGGGCAUAUAGCUCUGUUCCUUGAAACCUAGUGAUGCAGGACAGAGGACCUGAUUAGGACAACUGUCCAGUCAUCCGGAUGGAAUUAAAAAAAACAUGGUCCCGUGUACCUAAAAGAGCCGUUGGCAAUUGGAAUUCGAUAGAAGAGUAGGCCGUAGCGCUGCUGUCUGGGCAAAAUUACCCUCACAGCACACUAUAUAUCGCAUAUGCCCUUUUUGAUUAGCCCAGUUGGAGCAGAACAGUAGGACGUUAAACCCCAUUUUAUUUCUCUGAAACCUUAAAUUUUGAAUAUUAUAGAUAAUAUUGGAUUAGAGCUACAUGCCCUUUAAGUUACUGGUUUCGAAUCCCCGGUUGUACGUGUCAAGGAGUAGGGUCGCCUGUCCAACCUCAUGGGUUUUCUCCAGGUCCUCCGGUUUCCUCCCACUGCUAAAGACCCCUACGCGCAAGCGAAUUAUGUAAAUAAAAUUAAACCAUAUGUUAGUCCCGAAAUGACCUAGUUUGUGUCGAGUGGAUGUUAAACCCCAUUUCUCUCUCUCUCUCUCUCCCUUUAAGUUACUCUUGCCGUGAGACGAUGAAUGCUUUAAAAUUGUUUCUGAUUCUAUGAAUGUUUACGCAUUCUAGGAAUCGUGAAUUAUUACUUAAAGAUGCAUUAUGUACAUGUAGGAAUUUGAUAAAGAGCUGACCCUAGUCACAAUUAUCUCGGUCAAAUUACUUUAUUCUGAGUGAAGUUAUGACUGUUUGAAACUUUGUCAAAAAUAGCGUACUCUCGAUUGUUAUUUCUACGAUAAUAAACAAAGUCUUGGUUUUCCAUUUUUUUCUCUAACCAAUUAAAUGGCACCGGUGGUCUAAUCCAAUGUUCUAGAGAGUUGAUUAUAGGCUUGUCAUGUGAAUAAAUGUCUAAUUAAUAAUUAAUAUAAGAGACCUUCAGCAUGUACAUAAUACGUCUUUAAAGCUACAAUUUCAUAUUUUUAAGUUAUAUUUUUAAAAUUUAUUAAAAUAAAGCCUUAAAAUAGAUGGUAUCCAUACACAGUCCUACCGUGUUAAAGAAUAAUCCUAUUAAUCCUAUAAUUCACUAUUGCCAGCUGAGAAAUUGGCAAAAAUAUCAUUUUCAACUUCAAAUUCAAACAUUUGAACAUAGCUAUUCCAUGGAGGGAAUAGGAAAACAAGGGAGGUAAUUGUGUUAUUUCCUAUGUCAAUGAUUUUUAAGGGUGGGAAAUAAUGCCCAUGAUUUUAUAAUAGUGAGUUGAUAACCUAUUGAUCAAAAGACAUAGAAAUAAUUAUGAAAAUAUGAAAUUCUCGCUUUAAGUGGAUUUGAGUCUGGAAACGACUUAGUUGUGUUGAGUGUUAUCUUUUUCACUUGCAUAUUUUUAUACACCCACAUUGAAAUGUGAUCGUAUAUUGACGUCACCGCCAUCCGUCGGUCCGGCAUCCACAAGCAAGGCUAAAAGAAAUCUUGUGGCCACUGUACAGGGUAAAGAUACUAUCUGAUAGAUUUUAAAUUUAUACACAGUGUUUACGAUCUUAAGGCGAGGAAACCUAUUGAUUUUCAACAAUUUCCGAUAAUUACUGCCAGAGUUAUGGCCCUUGAAUACUUGAGAAAUCUUGUGGAUGCGCAAGAGGCUAAAGGUAAUAUAAUUUUAUACACAGUGUUUAAGGUCAUGAGACAAAAUAUUGUGAUGUAAUGGUUUUCAUUACUGACAAAAAACCCCCUUGUUGACUGUCUGGACAACUUAGCUGCUGUGGGUGUAUGAUUCGUUGCUUGGCAACCUAUCUUUUCCUCAAACCUCAACUGCACGAUAUAGAAGUAUGUAGAACUAUAAGUACAUAAAAGACUGAGUUAGAAUAUAUUCAGAGUUUUAGACUGUGCUAUGUGAAACUUUUCUAUGCAAAUUAUUUCUGUAGUAGUUGAUAUAAGCUGUAAAUAUUUUUAUAAUAUGUUUUUAGCUAGACAGUGUCCUGAUAUCAUUUAAUAACCAUACUUCAAUCUGAUUGUAUUUAUUAUAAUCCAUCCUUCCAGUUCAGUGAUAAAAUAUUGGAUAUGUGGACCACAGCUGAUUACAUGUUUCUAGCACAUAUUUAAUCUGAUUGUUAAAUGUGGCUAUAUGUUGCAUGUGCUGUAAUCCAUUCAUCCUAUGAAAGACCAGUUCAGUGUUAAAAUACUGGAUGGGUAGGCCACAGUUGACUCAGCUGGGUUACAUGUUUCUAGCUGGCAUCCCAAUAUCAAUGCCAUCUGCACAUAUUUGAUAACUGAUUGGUAAAUAUAGUUAUAUAGUGUAUAUGUAUUUCAUUCUAUUAAAGGCCAGUUCAGUGAUAAAAAUAUUUUAUGAGAAACCACAAGUCAUUCAGCUUGUUAUGUUUUAAGUUGAGUACUUUGUGAAAAUUCUGUAUGAUUGUGUUGUAUUGCCUUUCUCUGUUCUUCCAUAAAUACCGCAACAUUUAACACACAUUAGAGAAGUUACUAUUUUUAAAUUAUUUUCAUAUUGUUGUAUAUAAAAUCAAUCAAAGUAGUUUUCGAUCUUGACAUUCGAUUGACAUUUACACCAGAAUCAGUGACUAUAUCAUGGAGAAAUUAAUUGAUAUUGACAAGAUUUGAAGCAAUUAUUAAUAGAGAGAGGCACUCUGCAGAUUCCCAGUGCAAGUUUUACCUCAUUAUUACUUCUGUUUGAUUUUAUUUUAUAACUAAUGUCCAUUCAUACUUCUGUUUAAUUGAAUAUUAUAGUAUUUAAAGUGUUAUAUUUUAAUGAGCACAUAAGUCGUGCACUACAAUAAUGUACAAUAUUGAUAAUAAUAUUCAUAUAAUUAUAAGGAUGUGUUUUUCUUGUGAGUGGCCCUUUUCUCAAUUUAUUCUGCAUAAAUUAGAUUUAGUAAAAUAGUUAUUAACAGUGAAUGUGUUUGUUAGAGGAAUGACUGUUGACGAGAUGAAGUAUGUUAUAGUGACUAGGGCUUCAUUAAACUACUGUUGUAGUGGUCUGCAUCCACGUUAUUGAUACUGGGUGUGACUGAUACACCAGCACUCCAUUGUCACUAGGGCUUUAUUAAACUACUGUUGUAGUGGUCUUCAUCCACGUUAUUGAUACUGGGUGUGACUGCUACAGCAGUACUCCAUUGUCACUAGGGCUUUAUUAAACUACUGUUGUAGUGGUCUGCAUCCACGUUAUUGAUACUGGGUGUGACUGCUACAGCAGUACUCCAUUGUCACUAGGGCUUUAUUAAACUACUGUUGUAGUGGUCUGCAUCCAAGUUAUUGGUAUAAUGUAGACUAGGUGAAGGGAACCAUGACACUUAACUUAUGGUAUAUCCAUAAAGGUAUUUGCUUGCACGGGUAUUGAUUCAUUAAUUCACUUGUUUAGAGAAGUCAAUAGCAAUGAGAGGAACCUGGAGAAACCCACAAGGUUAGGCAGGUGACCCUUCUCCAUUGUCACGUACAAGCAUAGAAUAUUUAUACAUGUAUUUGCUUGUGCACAUAUUGAUCGGAUAAUUUAGUUAUGUGCAGGGGUCUUCAGUAGAACCUGGAGAAAGCUUACUAGGUUAGGCGUACAAGCAAUAAUUCUCCUUAUUACCUAAAAACGUGGACGUAUAGUUAGGCACUAGUGUAAUUACUUUAAUAAAAAUAAAAAUACAGCUGGUUCGUUGUUUUUAUGACAAAUGUUAAUUCUAAUCUUGUUAGCAUCCAUUUAUAUUAUUAUCGCAAGUGGCUUAUACUGUUUUUGUUAAAAAUUGUCUGUGAUCUGUUGCCAUUCCUUGGAUAUUUUAUACAAAAGGACAUUUUGAUGUCUGUUCAACACUGCUCAACAUAGUUUUUACAGUGUUUCCCAGUUAUAGAAAAUCAUGUUAAAGGAGAACUCCAUAUCCAGUGUGCUAAUUUAUUAAAGAGGUAACUAUCUGCAUAAAAUAGAAAAAAACUGCAACAGAUGGAGUUGUCCUUUAAAAUAAGAUUAUUAUUAAGUUUAAUAGUGCUGAAGUUUUUAUAUGUUUUUCACUUUAUGAAAUAAUGUUUUAUGGUGUUUUUGUUUUGAAAUCGGCAUUUGAAAUGCAUCCAACAAGCGUUUUCCUUCGUUAGAUUUUAAAGGGGCAUUACCACCAUAACCAUAAAAAUAAAUGUAAUUUUGAAUAUGGUAUUCAGUAAAACACAUGGAGGAGUGUUCAUUAAACUACUAAAACAAUUGUGUAAAAUUUGUAAAAAGGAAAUUAAAACGCCUGUAUCUCAGCAAUCGGAAAUUAAAACAUCUGUAUCUCCGCAAUGGCUUGACAAGAUCUGUCUCAUACAUGUAUGUUGCAUACAAUAUAAUUUGUAAUUUAUAUCGCGGAUGUAACUUUAUUGUCAAACCACUUCAAAUUGUAGUGAUGCCUCUUUAAACUUGGUGAGAUGUAGAUCUUUGAUUAAUGUAUUUUAUAAAAUUUCUCAAUUCUAUUUCUAAUUGAGGAAAGGAAGUUAUUGUACAUACAUGUACACAGCCAGGUUUAAUGAAGUGAUUUGUUGAAUGAUAAAGUUGAUUGAAUGAAUAAAACAAAUUAGGUUAUAUAUUGCUAUGGUUAUCAAUCUUUAAAAUAAUAUACAUUACCAUGGUUACCACCAGUCUUUGUUAUAUAUUGCUAUGGUUACCAACCUUUAUAAUGUUAUAUAUUGCUGUGGUUACCAGACUCUAUAAUGUUAUAUAUUGCCUUGGUUAUCAAUCUUUUUAACACUCGAAUUGCUUUAAUCAUCCAUUAAAUAAAACAUUGUGU